AUUGAUGGUAAUUAUUUUUCGAGGCGUAGAUACCGAGGCUUUAAUGCGAAAGACGAGGAAACUUGCUCGUCAUUGUUCAUCGUGGUGUAAAGCCGCGUGCCACAACACGAGGGCGAAACUUAAUUCUUGUCACCGUUCGGGAGCGACAUUUCUGUUGGUGACAUCCUAAGGGUAGUGUGUCGAGCAACGUUGUUCAGGCAUUCUUUAACUGGUUUUGAAUCUUUCUCGGAAACUUUUCAGUUAGCUCUGUCGGAAAAGGACUCUCCCGAAGUUCGUCAAGCUGGAACGAGGGCAUUACCGAUCGUCGAGUAACGUGCCAAACUGUCGUCGCAAAAGUGAUUGAUUCUCUGAUGGCAGCACGGAAACUUGCAGCCCUCUUCACCGCAGUUCUGCAUCUUUGUUUAUGUCAAAUAACUCCAGAACCGUUGCCAGAAUUUUUAGCACCUUUGGAGAAUCACACGGUGAUCCAGGGCCGUGACAUCUUCUUCACUUGUGUCGUGAAUAAUCUACAUUCGUACAAGGUGGCUUGGAUGAAGUCAGAUUCUCGAGCAAUUUUGGCAAUACAUACACAUUUAAUAGCGCAUAAUCCAAGACUCUCGGUUACUCAUAAUGGACAUAACACGUGGAAAUUGCACGUAUCGAAUGUUCAAAAAAAUGAUUCCGGUGCUUACAUGUGCCAAAUCAACACGGAGCCUAUGCGAAGUCAGAACGGAUAUGUGGAAGUGGUGAUACCACCGGAUAUAAUAGACGAUAAAUCUGCCGAAGGUAUGGUAACUCACGAAGGUGGUGAUAAGUUAAAAUGCGUUGCAACCGGUUCACCGGAACCUAUCGUCACAUGGAAACGAGAAGAUGGACGGAAUAUCAUUCUUCGAGAAGAUGGGCAAAAACAAUCAUUAAAAACUUACGUAGGUGAAACUUUAGAAUUAACUGGAGUUCUUCGACAAGAAAUGGGCACAUAUCUUUGCAUAGCCAGCAACAAUGUACCUCCAACAGUCAGCAAACGUUACUCUGUACAAGUUCACUUUUCACCUGUUAUAAAAGUAACAAAUCAGUUAGUAGCAGCGCCAAUCAACAGUGAUGUUGUUCUUCAAUGCCACGUUGAAGCUUCCCCACAAGCACUGAAUACUUGGCAUCAAAAUACAGGUGAAAAAUUACUUCCCAGUGAAAAAUAUACAAUGUCGGAAUAUGCAUUGAACGAAUAUUCUUGGCAAAUGAAUCUUACCGUUAAUUCUUUAGAGAAAAAAGAUUUUGGAGAGUAUGUUUGCUCAUCCGUAAAUGCUCUUGGAAAAGCUGAUGGCAUUGUUCGUUUACAAGAAUUACAUCUUGUUGCAAAAACAACACCUGGCCCUUUCAUAAAAAUGACCGAUCUGAAACCUCGAAAGAAACUUAUAUCGAAAGGGAAAAAAAAGAGUAGUAAUAACAACGGCAGGAGGAUGCAUAUAGGAGGUUUCGAAGAAUUUGAUUCUCAUGGACACGAUGAAGAUCUUAGUACUACGCAAAUUAUGGCCGGUAGUACGCUUCAAGAAGGCCAUAGAACAGAAAGGCCAUUGAUAUCGCCAUCGCUACCUCCACCUUGGUUAAAUAUUAACACUGCCAAUUCGAGGAAUUGUUUGGAACAGAUCACGCUAUUUUUAUUAAUCAUAAGUAUGAUAUUUAUACUUUAAAAUAUGCGUUAUUGAAAGAAAGAAAUGUAACAACGAAAUUAAUAUUGACAAAGAAUUAAAACGAUUCGGGAAUAAAGUAGGAAAUAAUAAUUAUAUUUGAUUAAUUUCUAUACAACUAGAAGAAUUUUUUUAUAUUAAAAUAAGAAAUGUGUGGUUGCUUUUUGUGACAAAGACGAACAAUUUAAUAAUUUAUAUUUAUUUAAUUAUUAUAUUUAUUUGCGACUAUUCGAGACAAAUUUGGAAUUCGUUUAUACAAUUUGAGAAUUUCUUAUAAUUAUCGUUAUAAGUUUGAUAUUUUGAUUAAAUCUUUAAUAAUUCUUUUCCGUAAAUCAUUAUCUUAAGAACGAUAAUAUAUUAAUACAAAGAGCAAGGUUUAACGUAUCUUAAUAAGUUAAACUUAUAAGCUUUAAAAUGUUCCCGAUCGUUUAAAAAAAGUCAUUGAUUAAAUGAUAGUAAUUAAUUGCUUUAUAAAAGUGAUUAGUCACCAACGUUUACAAUAAAAUUAAAGUUUAGAAAGAACAGUCAAUGAAGAUUUAAUUCUUAUGGAGACAAAAAAAAUAAUAGGUCUUCCUUCAUUUGACGAAACAAAGA